CCGCCACCGCCAUGACCUCCGCCACCUCCCCCUUCCUCCUCCUCCUCCUCCUCCUCGUCGGCGCCGCUGCCGGCGCCCCGAUUCCACUCCUCGCCCUUCUCUCUCUUAAGUCCUCUCUCGUCGACCCACUAUCUUCACUCCAAGACUGGUCCUACCCCUCCGCCACCGCCGCCGGCCCGCCUCCCUGGUGCUCCUGGAGCGGCGUCACCUGCUCCGCCGCCGGCGAGGUUACCGCUCUCGACCUAUCUCGCCGGAACCUCUCCGGCGCCAUCUCCCCCGAGGUCCGCCUCCUCUACCCUUCCCUCGCCCACCUGAACCUCAGCGGCAAUGCCUUCCGCGGCCCCCUCCCGCCCGCCAUUUUCGACCUCCGCCGCCUCCAGACUCUCGACCUCAGCCACAACGACUUCAACUCCUCCUUCUCCGCCGCCGUCGCCGGCCUCCACCGGCUUACCCUCCUCGACGCCUACAGCAAUAGCUUCACCGGCCUGGUUCCUUCCGGCAUCGCCAAGCUCCGCCUCUUGGAGCACCUCAAUCUCGGGGGAAGCUUCUUCGAGGGCGGUAUUCCCACCGGGCUCGGCAGCUUACCGCGGCUGAGAUUUCUCCACCUUGCCGGAAAUCUGCUCACCGGGCGGUUACCACACCAGCUAGGCUCGCUCUCCCAGCUCGAGCAUCUGGAGAUCGGUUACAAUUCGUACGAGGGCGGCGUUCCGCCGGAGGUCGGGGCGUUGUCGGAGCUCCGAUACCUGGACAUCUCGUCGGCGAAUCUCUCCGGCGAUAUCCCGCCGGAGCUCGGGAACCUCACACGACUGGAAUCGCUGUUCUUCUUCAAGAAUCGGUUUUCCGGCGGGAUUCCGGGGAGCUUUUCCGGCAUGGGGGCCUUGAAGGUGCUCGACCUCUCCGAUAACCGCCUCUCCGGCGGCAUUACGCCUGGGCUCUCCUCGUUGGCAAAUCUCACCCUCCUCAGCCUCAUGAACAACGCGCUCGACGGCGAGAUCCCGCCAGGUAUUGGCGAGAUCCCGAAUCUCGAGGCGCUCCUUCUUUGGAACAACUCCCUCACCGGCCCGCUCCCGCAGAAGCUUGGCUCCGCCGGGCGGCUGGAGAAGCUGGACGUGUCCUCCAACUCGCUCUCCGGCCCUAUCCCUUCCGGCCUCUGCUCCGGGAACCGGCUUGUUCGGCUCAUCCUCUUCUCGAACCGGUUCGACUCCGAGAUCCCGCUCGGUUUAGCAAAUUGCUCCUCUCUGUGGCGGAUCCGGAUCGAGGGGAACCGGCUCUCCGGUCCGAUCCCUUCCGGGUUCGGCUUGCUGCCCAACCUCACCUACAUGGACCUCAGCAGUAAUAAUCUAUCUGGAGGGAUUCCAGCGGAUCUGGGCGCCGCCCCGCGGCUCGAGUUCUUCAAUGUUUCCGGCAACCCCCUCCGGCGGCCGCUGCCGGAGGCGAUCUGGGGCGCGCCGAGGCUCCAGAUCUUGUCGGCGAGUAACUGCGAUUUGUACGGCGAGAUUCCCAAUUUCGAGGCCGGGUGUAGAAAUCUCUACAAGAUCGAGAUGGAGGGCAACGAUUUACGCGGCGAAAUCCCCACCGACGUCGGCCGGUGCUCGAAGCUCCUGAGCCUUAAGCUCGGCCGGAAUCGGCUUACCGGGACGAUUCCGGUGGAGCUCGCAGCGCUUCCGUCAAUCACCGACGUGGAUCUCUCGUGCAACGGGUUAACGGGCCCGAUCCCUCCAGCGUUCGACAACUGCAGCACUUUGGAGAGCUUCAACGUGUCGUUCAACCACCUCGCCGGCGAGGUCCCAUCUUCCGGCGCCGUGCUUCGUAACCUCCACCCCUCCGCCUUCGCCGGGAACGCCGGCCUCUGCGGCGGGCCGGUGGGGCGGCCGUGCGCGGCUGGCGACGGUGGACGCCUCCACCUCUUCCAGGGCAGGGGGGAGGAAGCCCCACCGGCGCGAGGUUCGGCGGGGACGGCGAUCGUGUGGAUCGCCGCCGGCGCCGUGGGGGCGGGGCUGGUGGUGCUGAUCCUCGGGACGCGGUGGUCCCGUGCGCGGGGUGAGGAGGUGUUGAGCCCGCGGGGACCGGGGCCGUGGCGGUUAACGGCGUUCCAGCGGCUUAACUUCACGGCGGAGGACGUGGCUGACUGCGUGGCCGGGAGCGAUCGGAUCAUCGGAGUGGGGUCCAUGGGGACGGUUUACCGCGCCGAAAUGCCAGGUGGCGAAGUCAUAGCAGUUAAGAAACUGUGGGGGCCACAAAAGGAAGCAGGGAGGACGACAAGAAAGAAGGGCGGGGUGGUGGCGGCGGCGGAGGUGGAGGUGCUGGGUUCCGUCCGUCACCGGAACAUCGUCCGGCUACUCGGCUGCUGUACCAACAGAGAGACGACUCUACUGCUCUACGAGUACAUGCCAAACGGGAGCCUGGAGGACCUCCUCCACCGGCGGGGCGCCGCCGCCGCCGGAAAGGGUGGCGGGGUGGUGGCGGAUUGGGAGACGAGGUACCGGAUCGCGGUGGGGAUCGCACAGGGUAUCUGCUAUCUCCACCACGACUGCGACCCGGUGAUCGUGCACCGUGACCUCAAGCCCAGCAACAUAUUGCUGGACGCCGAGAUGGAGGCGCGGGUGGCGGACUUCGGCGUGGCCAAGCUCAUCCAGACUACAAACCAGACCAUGUCGGUCAUCGCCGGCUCCUACGGCUACAUUGCCCCCGAGUAUGCGUACACGCUGCAGGUCGAUGAGAAGAGCGAUGUAUAUAGCUAUGGAGUGGUGCUGAUGGAGAUGGUGACGGGGAGGAGGUCGGUGGAGGCGGAGUAUGGCGAGGGGAACAGCAUUGUGGAGUGGGUGAGGGGGAGGGUGGUGAGAGGGGAGGGAGGAGGGGGGUGGGUGGUGCUGGACACGGCGGCGGGGGCGGGGUGCAAGGAGGUGAGGGAGGAGAUGAUGCUGGUGCUCCGGCUGGCGCUGCUUUGUACCAGCAAGAAACCGGCGGACCGGCCCACGAUGAGGGAUGUGCUGUCCAUGCUGCGAGAGGCGACGCCGAACCGGAAGGCGGUGGUGGCCGGCAAGCAGCAGGGGGGUGGUGGUGGUGGUGGUUCUCCGGCUACGGUGGUGCAGAAGCCUGUAGCUGAUACUUGACGUGAAUUUUAGUUAGUGGGUUUGUCAGAUAGAUUUGUUAAGGAAGAGUGAGAUUUUCCUGCUAUUUUUGUUCCUUGCUUCGAGUUUCGUGCUUGUUUCUUUUGCUUAUAAUUAAUCCUUUUUCUUACGUUACUUCAAAAUUAUUAUAAUUUAAA